GGAAGCUGAAUAUGGUAGUGGGAAUGGGAUGAUGAGGAAGAAGAACAAGGAUAGGAGGAUAGUGGUAGCAGUAGACGAAAGCGAAGAGAGCAUGUAUGCUCUGUCUUGGUGCCUCACUAACCUUCUCUCUCAACAAGCCAAAACCAACAAUAUUAACAAUACUACCAUCGUCCUCCUCUACGUCAAACCCCCUCCCCCUGCUUAUUCCUCCAUGGAUCCCACUGGAUACCUUUUUGGUGGAGAUGUAGUGGCAACCAUGGAGAAAUACAGCAGGGACUUGGCCAAUUCUGUUAUGAACAGAGCCGAAGAGGUCUACGGAGCCUUCAACACCACCACUUUGGAUGUGCAGAUAAAAGUGGAGAAGAAGAUCGGUAGCGGAGAUGCUAAGAAUGUGAUAUGUGUAGCGGUUGAGAAGCUUGCAGCGGACGUCCUGGUCAUGGGUAGCCAUGACUAUGGUUUUUUCAAGAGGGCACUGUUAGGAAGCGUGAGCGAUUACUGCUCCAAGCACGUCAAGUGUCCACUUGUGGUUGUGAAGCGACCGAAGAAUGCUUGAGAGAAAGAGUGAGAGAGAGAGAGAGCUUUGAAAUAUUGGAGGAGAAAUUAGAGGAGAGGAUCAUUGUAAUCAUAUUAGUCUGUCUGUCUGUGGGAGAUUUGUGGCUUUUUCUAUGCUCUGCUCUCUGUGGGUUAUAUGUGUGUGUAAAAGAAAAUAUGCAGAUAGAGAGUUCCAUUACAUGAGAUUAAUUAGGUGAUUAUUAUAA